CCGGGACAUGAUGGGAUGGGCUGAAUAUUAUUUCUGUGCCACUGUCAUGGUGGUAUAAUAUACAGUAAUGUAAUGACAAAAUAUCUCUGUUGCCAUGCACCUAGUGAUGUCAUGUGAUUGGGAUACUAUCCUUCAACUUUCAAGACAUCAAGAAAAAGGGAUUAGAUUAUGAAUAAGAAAUGACAGAAGUCUUACACUUACAGAAGGAAUACUAUAUGUGACAGAAAAACAUGUAUAGAAAAAGGAACAUUUCCUGCAUAGUCAAAUAAUACCAAUGGACAUUCACAUUUGCUGCCAGUACAAUGUAAUUUAAGUCACAUUUUAAAGAUGCAAUAUUUAUGAUGAUUGCAAAGUGCCAUUGGGCAUGAAUUCAAGUGUGAGAUCGCAUUCAGGUGCAUAUGAUGUUACUCCAACUGCAGGUUCGGCAACCAGUACACUCUGUCAAAUGUUUGAAAGAUUAUUCAGUCGUGGAAGUCAGCGACACCAUCACAGGCAUAACUCAAAUAGGAGGACACUUUCCUCUACAUCUAGUGCAGGCGAUGAUGCAUUGGGACCCCAUUCUUCAGCAGAGCAUGGGGGGUCUGAGACACACCCCCAGGAGGAGGUGAUCCCAGGGGUGGCUCACCAAGUUGAGCAAAAUACUGGUCUCUGUGCUCAUCACUGUACAUGUCUUAACUCUAAUUCUUAUGGUCCUGGCAAGGAGGCAUUCAGGAGAGGAAUUAUACUGCUGAUCAUAGCCAUCAUCUUAUUUGCCACUGGGGCAAUUCUUACAGGACUAGGUCAGUCUAUGCUUGGAGCAGGGUUUGUCCAACUGACAGGACCACUGUUUAUUGGCAUAGCUCUCUUACUUGUCCUUGUGGCUGCUGGUUAUAUAACUAUUGCAAAGAGAUUAAGACAAGAAUAUACUAAUAGACGGCAUAGGAUGCAGUUACAACCUGAUGAAUUUGAUGAAGUUGAUUAUGAUGAUCCCGACUCCACCACCAGAGACCCAUCCAUUCCACCAAGUGCUAAUAUUCUUCCACCCACAUACAGUGAUGCUAUUCUAGAGGACCAUUUUUCAACAGUUACCCCAACCACAGAACAGGCGGGUAAUUCCGCUGACGUGACACAAUUGAACAAUAAUCAAGUGGUGUCCACUGGGAGAAGUGUUGUGUUUGCCCUAGACUCUGAAGGAUCUGCAUCUCAGGAUGAGAAUUCAAAUGUUUCCUCUUACAAUGGAGCAGAAGACGAGUCUGUUGUCGACGUGUUGCCAGGAAUCAAUGAGAACGAAGAAAUGCAGACGUUACCUCCUACAUACACUGAAGUAUUGCUAGGAACUCCUGAAGGGGAGAAUUUGAAUGCUGAAUUUAGUCAACAGAGUUAGCUUAGUCAUUAGACUUUUCAUUAUGAUGCACAAAUAUAACAGCGAUUUAAAACUAUCCACGUAAAUGAAUUAUAAAGGAAAGUAAGCCCUCUGAAAACGAAAAAAUAAAUAGAUGGUCAUGUCUUAAAGAGGAAACAAAAAAUAUUCUGCUCUCAAGUACCAUUAUGUUUUAAGGUGCACAUCUAAAAAAAUUAAGAUUCUAAAGUGAGUGCCAUUGUGUAUAAAGUUUAGAAUAUCUAAGAAGUUUGACUAAAGUAUUAGAAUAAAGUGGGAGUAUUGAUGUUUAAUUUUUUUAGGCAAUGUCAGAAAUACAUGUACAUUUUGUAGGUUUUCAUGUCACUUAAUGUUAUGUCAUGUUAUGUCUUGCUUUUAAAUAAGAUUGAGAACUGCAAUUUGAGUUCAAGGAGUUUAAUCUGGUGCUUUCUUGCUGAGGUCCUGCUAUAGCAAAUUGUGGCCUUAAUUUUCUAUGGGGAUAGUAAUUGUUGCAUUUUCAUGUACCUCUUGUAUAUUUGAGAAAGUAAAAUGCAACUCCCGGAUGUAUUGGAUGUUUGUUAUAUGUCAGGUUAUUAAUUGAAAUUGAUAUAAAUGUUUUACUUAGGAAUGAAAUAUGAAGUUCUAAGUACCACAUGAGUUGAUCUUUUUUCAGUAUAGAUGAGAAUGGUAAAAAAAAUGUAGAUAUUUUUAGAAUAUUUUGAGAUUUAUAUCAAUUUAAUUCAUUAUUUAUUAAUCUAAAGAGGUGGUUUGCAUUAAGAGAAUAGUUUGAUGGAUUGUCUAUAUGAUAAAUUAUUUAAAUCUAUUCAGAUGUGUUAGUCUCAUUCAGCAUGGUAAUGAUUUGACUGCCGUUGGUUAAUACUAAUUGUAUUUAUUAGAAUUAAUCUCUUUUACUGCAGUUUAUUAUGUCCAGGUCUUCAGUUUAUUACAAAAAUUACAAAUAAUAAAAAUCUAAAUGAGUUUGAGUAUGAGAAAAUUAUGACUGGAAUGCUUUCUUAUUAGGUUUUGGUAACUGAGGUCAAUAACUUUGAUAUAUUUUGUAAAGUUUUAAUGUUACAAUUAUGCUUUAACUUUUUUUAUGAUUACAUGUUUUUCUACCUUUUGCAUGCAUUUAGAUUUAUUAAGUGAAAUGACAUAUUGCUCUUUUUGUCUUGUUUACUUGAUAAUGCUUUCAUUAUACGUACCUCUUGAAGUGUUGUAUGAAAUAGAUGUUCCCAAAUAUGUUUUUUUUCCCGGUUGAGUAAGCAGUUACAGUUUGGCAGGGAGGGGGGCAAUGUUGUAUAUUCUGAAACUUUCACUUCUUUUUGCAGAUACUACAGUAUUUUUCAUAAAUGUAUUUUACUUAACCUGUUUGCUAAUGAGUAACACUAUUAUUAAUUUUGAUUAGUAGAUAUGCCAACUGUCAGAAAGUGAUACUUGCUAAUAAAACAAUGCAAAAUUCAAUGCAGAAAAUAGUGUUACAGAGAGUACAGUUAGAAUGCUAUGAUAAUGACUCUGAUCUUUUCAAGGGGGGAAAUCAUCAGUCUUUUAGAUAUAUAAAUUUGGAAUCAUUAAAAAUAAUAUUUUUGUAUAGCAUUUGUGGUGUUUAUACUGUAUAGAAUAAUGACUGAAAAAUAAAGUAUAUGUAAAAUUCACUAUUUUCCCCAUUGAACAGAUCGAAUCAUUACAUGUAACUGUAUGUAAAGUGAAGGUCAGUGAGACUGACAGGAUUUUAAAUCCACUUCUGAACUACUUCCACAAAUAUUGUUCUCGGUUUCAGAGACCUGAUAUUGAUUCUUAAACUCAAGUUUUGGCAUCCAAUGGCGAUGUGAGACCACAGAUAUCUUGUAGGGUCCACAGUUGAGAUCAUAUUCAGUAACCAAAGUUGCUUAAGCACACUUUUCUGUAUGUGAUACAGGAUAAUGAAUCAGAUGAACAACUUUGCACCUAUGAUUACGACCUGGGGGCUUUUGAAUAAAUAAUGUUAAUUCAAUCAAAGUACAGUAAUUGCUUUCACUGUCAAGUGACCAGAUAUUUUUCAUAUCUUAUGCAUUGAAAGUUAAUAAUAAAUGAUGCCUUGACUACUGA